CUAUAACAUUUCUUGUAUUGAUUAGUGUGAUACAAUCUUUAUUUUAUCUUCUAGGUGAAGCGCUGAAAAUAUUAAAUAAAUUUUACAAGAGGAAAGAAAUACAGAAACUGGGGGCAGAAAAUGGACUAGAUGCUCGCCUUUUUCAUCAAGCAUUUAUUAGCUUUAGGAAAUACAUUAUGGAAUCCAGUUAUCUGAGUCCUGAUAUUCACAUUAUUCUAAAUGAUAUAUGCUGUGGUGCAGGCCAUGUCGAUGACCUAUUUCCAUUUUUCAUGAGACAUGCUAAGCAGAUCUUUCCUAUGUUGGAGUGCAUGGAUGAUCUGCGUAAAAUCAGUGACUUAAGAUUGCCACCCAACUGGUAUCCAGAAGCAAGGGCUAUCCAGAGGAAAAUUGUGUUCCAUGCUGGCCCUACGAACAGUGGAAAAACCUAUCAUGCAAUCCAGAGAUAUUUAGCAGCAAAAUCGGGAAUCUAUUGUGGCCCUUUAAAGCUUCUGGCACAUGAAAUCUUCCAAAAGAGUAAUGAUGCUAAUGUGCCCUGUGACUUGGUGACCGGAGAAGAACGUGUCUCAGUUGAUCCCGAAGGUCGGCCAGCUGCCCAUGUUGCUUGCACCAUUGAAAUGUGCAGUGUCAAUACACCCUAUGAAGUGGCUGUGGUGGAUGAAAUUCAGAUGAUUAAAGAUCCUUCUCGAGGUUGGGCCUGGACGCGAGCUCUCCUGGGACUAUGUGCAGAAGAAAUCCAUGUUUGCGGUGAAGCUGCUGCUAUUAAUUUGGUGACGGAACUCAUGUAUACUACAGGGGAGGAGGUGGAGGUGAGAAACUACAAGAGACUGACCCCUAUCAAGGUGCUGGAUGAAGCACUCCAAUCACUAGAUAAGCUUUGCCCUGGAGACUGCAUUGUCUGUUUCAAUAAGAAUGAUAUUUAUUCAGUGAGUCGGCAGAUUGAAGCACGGGGCCUGGAAUGUGCCGUCAUUUAUGGAAGUCUGCCCCCUGGUACAAAACUUACCCAGGCAAAGAAGUUCAAUGAUCCUGAUGAUCCAUGUAAAAUCAUGGUUGCUACAGAUGCAAUCGGGAUGGGCCUCAAUUUGAGCAUCAAAAGGAUCAUUUUUAACUCCUUGGUCAAGCCCACUGUGAAUGAGAAGGGUGAAAAAGAAAUGGAUACAAUUACAACUUCCCAAGCACUACAAAUUUCAGGCCGAGCUGGAAGGUUUAGCACGGUUUUCAAAGAGGGGGAAGUUACUACUAUGCACCGAGAUGACCUUCCUUUGCUGAAGGAAAUCUUGAGUAAAUCGGUGGAUCCCAUACUGACUGCAGGUUUGCAUCCCACUGCUGAGCAGAUUGAAAUGUUUGCAUAUCACCUUCCUGAUGCCACCCUCUCAAAUCUAAUUGAUAUUUUUGUGAGUCUCUCCCAAGUUGAUGGCCUCUACUUUGUGUGUAAUGUUGAUGACUUCAAAUUUCUUGCUGACAUGAUCCAGCACAUUCCCCUGAACCUGAGAGCUCGGUACGUGUUCUGCACAGCACCCAUCAACAAAAAGCAGCCCUAUGUGUGCACCUCGCUCUUAAAGGUAAAGGACCCACAUCUCCGUCAUGAUCCCUUCAGGCCAUCUUCACUUCCGCUUGACCAUCCUUUUGUGCUUUCUUGCAGCUACCGGUUCAUGGACAUGUUCCCAGAUGCUGCGCUUGUGAGGGACAUUCAGAAGGAGCUGGACGACAUUAUACAAAUAGGAGUGCUUAACAUUACCAGGCUGAUUAGGGCUUCACAGACCACUUCUGGGACUGUUACUGUUCCAGAUGAUUUUCCUCUGCAGAGGACGACCAUUAGUGAAGGGAUGUUAAAUGCAGAAGACCUCCCACAAGCGCCCAGAGCGCCUCUCUCCAGCGGCAUGAAGGCCCAAGGGCAGCGAAGAGCAAGGGGAUCUAAAGCCAUGAACUCUAGGCCUGGAGAAGUUCAGAUGGGUCGAAUCCAGGGCGCUCUGGCUGCUCGACUAAUACAACAAGGACUCCUCACCCCGGAGGUGCUGAAACAGUUGGAGGACGAGUGGCUGGCUCAACACAAUGGGGAUGCCAGUGGUUCUUCUGAAAACACAGGGCCAAGCACAUUUAAAGGGAAAAAGAGAAAAUAAAGUUAUUCCUUUGCUAAAUCAAAA